AUGGAUGAUAUCAGAAUCAUAUGCGGUAGCAUCUUUCAGGCACUGGCACCCGUAGCACCACCGACUAUGUCAGCAAUGCAAAUAAAUGCUUUCUGUACGUUUAUGCUAAUAAUUACGCUUGCGGCAGCGACUGGGAACAUCCUCGUCAUCAUCGUCAUCGCCAAGUUCCGUACACUCCGGAAACAGUCGAACGCUCACAUCGCGUCUCUAGCCUUGGCGGACGUUCUCGUCGCAGUAAUAGUAAUUCCACUUCGCAUGUAUGAAAACUGGAAUGACUCGUGGAAUCUGCCGAAGUGGACAUGCUACUUGAGAAACUUUUUCGACGGCGGUUUGAUCGGUGUUUCGAUCCUAAGUCUGUGCGCCCUCGCUGCAGAUCGUUACUUAUCGGUUUGUCAUCCUCUCACGCUGAUGAAAGUAACGCGUCCCGUGGUGGUCGCGGCCACCAUCGCUUUCUGCUGGGUGACGCCCUUUCUGGUGUGGACCGUUCUUCUGGCCACAGGAUGGCACAUGACAGGACUGGAAAUUUUCGAGUUCUGCCUCAUGCUUACGGAAGUUUGUGUCUAUGUCAGGAACACAGCCAACGUCUGUAGCACGACGGUCUUAUCCUUUGUGCUGCCCUCGUUCCUGAUCAUCUUUGUGUAUUCAAAGAUAUUUUCCACAGCAAGGAGACACGCCCGUGCAGUCCAGGACUCGAACAGCACGCACGAAGACGCUCAGAAAAACAGCACUUUCUUAAGAAGCACCAAAGCCGCAGUGGCCCCAGGGAUCGUUGUCGCAGUGUUCUUUGUUUGCUGGCUGCCGUACUACUUGGCUUUAAUAUCUGACGUCAUCAAUGAACACCAGCUCGUGCCGAAAUUAAUACUACAGGUGCUCAUCUGGCUAGGUUACCUGAACUCCAUGAUGAACCCAAUAUUGUAUUACAUCUUUAGCCAGGAUUUUAAGUUUGCCUUCAAAAGUCUGUUCCGUUGUAACACGUCUGAAAUGGUGAUGUUGGAAGUAAGAUAAUAAGCACGCACGUUAUGGUGAAAGCAACAGAACUGAGAUCAGCGGCUGGAACAUAAUGGAAAACUUUCUCUCUAUCUCUUUUUUAAUUUUUUUUUUUUUUGCUGUGACUGAUUAACUAUGACCCCCAUGACUUAUGAGCAAAGAGAAAAUGUAUAAUUAAGUCAUGGUUUUUUUUCUCCCGUGCGUACAAAAACCUUAAGGUAAAGAUUCACGGCUUUAACAAAAUCUUGCCCACACAGAUAGCAUAUACUAUUAUAGUAGUUUAUAUCUGGAGACUUUGCUGUAAAGAGAGAGAGAGAGAGAGAGAGAGAGAGAGAGAGAGA